AUGAAUUACGAAAUUACAAAAAUGGACAGGAUGAGGUUGGCAAUGGAAUACUCGAAAAAUAAUACCUCUUGUAUAUGCAACGUUACAAAUUCAUUAAGAUCUCAAAUAUUUAAAAAAAAGAUUAUUAAAAGAAAUAAUGAAAUUAGUGGCAUUAGAAACAGUUUGGAUCUUGACUCUACAAGGCAUAACAAUGUUUCUCGUGUUGCAAACCAAUUGCGCUCUAGUAUAUAUGAUUCUGAUAUAUAUUCCAGCACUCUAAAUUCCUAUGAAAAAAAUAUAAAAUCCCCAUCAUAUCCAAAAUCUAAGAAAGGAAAAAUUUCACUCUUAGCAAGUUAUUUGGAUCACUUGGAACAACUUCAAAAUGAACAGGAAUCUAUGCACUUAUAUUAUAUUAAUAAAUUACGAGCUGAUACAAUACGAUCGAAUCAAAUAUCAAAUACAAAAAAUGAAUUUUUACCGCUUAUAUAUACUCCAUUAUACCCAUUACAGUUACUAUCACUACAAGAGCUUAUUUUACUGUUAAUUAUUUAUAACUUACUAAAAGGAGGGACAAAUAAUAAUAGUAUUCACACCUUGGUAUCUCUUGAUCUCUCUUUUUUCUUUAUAGAGAAUAAAAUAGAGAAUCAAUCCUCUGUAAUUCUUUAUGGAAGAGUUUCAAAUGAUAUGAAAGAUUUAUUGUAUGUAGAUGACUCUUGUAAUGCUAAAAUUAUAAUUUCUGGUGCAAGAUGGAGAAGGAUUGAGAAGAUAAUAUCGAGUGAAUUUGGUUGCGAAUUAAUUAAAGCUACCCUGAUACUAAUUAAUCCAAAAAUAGUAAAUACUCCCAAGGCUGUAAUAUAUUUAUCCAGGCUUCUUUUUAUCUGUAGACUGACACAUGUCCUCUCAAGUACUAAACAUAUUUCAAAAUAA